AGACGCUGACGCAGCCGAUCUGUGACCUUGUCCCCCUUAGGCCCAUUUUUUUACCUCCACUUCCUCGUCGAAUGCAUCCAAGUAUCUUUUUCCCCACAGCGUCCCUUUGUUAGAUAGAUUCUACGAAGUACCCUGUAAGUAGAUGAAUUAUGAAGUAUCUAUCGACACCUUGGUUGAUCAUUGAUUCGGUUGUAUUCACAUUAUGUCGUGUCGCAGCAUGAUCUAGAGGACCUAGAGGCACUGUGCACUCAACUCGAGUAGAAUGCACCUAAGGCAUCGCUAGCUGUAGCUACAUCAAGAAUAAAAUGCGUAGGUCGUCGUGUGGGUAUGUGAGUAUCGCCUCAAAAAUUGACAGCGUAGAAAACACCAUGAAGGAGCAUCAAAAUGUCGUGGUCUUCUUUACCUCCGGCACAGAGUGACCCCAACGGUGCACCUCAACUAGAACGGGAGCAGAAGAAUCUUGCUUCCACCGGAGAUAUCGUUUUGCGACACCUGUCCUCCGAGUCCGAACUUAACGCGAGUACGACCAACACGCAUGAUCGACCGGUACAACUUCCGCACAUGAUAGCAUCGGGUUCGUUCUUAUCAUCAUCGUCGAGUCAUCCGGGUCAUCCUAACACUCAGUCCCACUCUCAUCCCAACUCUUAUCCUAAUAUGGUGGAUCCAAACAACACGAGAACGAGUCACCAGAGCCAGCAGCACCCUUUAUUAAGGACACUUGAGAAAAUCCAUCUUCCCCAGCAUCAAUCUUCUUCCCAACAUCAAUCGAAGAGAAAACAUCCGACGCAGGAUGUUGAGCAAGAUGGAUUUUGGCAAGCAGGUCUAAUUUUCGGUGGUGUUAAGCGGGGUUGGGAGCAACUAGAGGAGGAUCCGGAGGACGUCCGGAUGGAGAAGAGGCUGUGUAUUGGCCUCCAAACCCUCUCGACUCGAGAUGCAGAAGAACGAAGGGCAUUUGGUGUUCGAGGAGGUGGAACUACAUUUGAUACUGGCAACAAGGGACUAGUGAUAGGAGGACAUGCACACGAAGUUGUAGUCCAUCAUCAGCAGGAGCCCAGGAGCGCACUAACGACCCCAAAUGCUAAUGAAUUCGCUACCCCCAUCGAAAAUUCGAAUCCAUACAGUGAAAUCAACAGCACUCUGAGGGCUUUACACUUUUCAUCGUCCUUGUCUUCUCAAGCAGUUGCGCAGGACCGAGGAUGGGCGUCUUGCGGAAAAGGAGGCUUGUACGCAAAUGGCGUCUACGUUUCGUCAGAUGACCCAAAUGCAAAUUAUAGCUCUCUAACAACGCCUACGGCGUACAAUUUACUGACAACCUCUGGUGGUAGUUCCUCUUCUUCUUCUUCGUACACUUAUGGUGGCAUGGCACUAAGUAGUAGCAAGGGUGGAGGGAGCCAUCUACAUCUUGGAGGAGCACAUGAUUAUACUCUCGGAGGAGUCGGAGGUGGUUCAGCAUCUUCAAGUAGAACUAGUAGUUACCCUAGUACCUCCGACCAAACAGGUGCUGCUUCAACUAGAAGUAGUACGACGUACCAAAGUGGACCAGCAGAGACAUUGACGAAUUUCCAGCGACCCGAUGUGAUCCAGUGUACUCAUGGCCCCCUCGGCAGUUGUCUCCAGUGUUUAGAGCAUCGCAAGAUCGUUCAAGUUCCCUAUUACAGCUGUUUCCUGCUUUACAGUCACAUUUUCCAGUCUCUUGCGUUGCCGAAGGUAGAUGCUGGCGAAAACGUAAUUCUGGGGGGAGGAGGAAGAGAGACUGGAGUUGAUGUAGCAUCAACAGCGGCUCAGUUCGGUCUGCGUAGUCUAGUAGCAGGUGAAGUUACCUUCGCGAGCUUCGUGCAGAUGUGUGCGGUUGUAGCGGAAGAACACAUGCUUGGGUCCUCGUUGGGAGGAGGUGCUGACAACAGUAGUACUAGAAGAACCUCCUCUACUCCGCCACCGCGUUUUGUCGACCUUGGAUCUGGGUUAGGAAAAGCGGUGAUCAUCUGGGCUUUAUUGUUUGGGAGAAGGAGUAGUUCUAGUAGUAAUUUGGGAAUGGGACUGGGAGGCUCCUCCACUUCUUCAAUGCAUCCUCCACUUCUUCCGCCUACGAUACAACCAGAAGAAGAGCCGCCAGCCGGACCCUCUACGUGUUGUGCGGUAGGUGUCGAAAUCAGGCAGCUGGCGCAUGAGAUCGUCCAGCAGAGGGUUCUACCACACAUCCCGAAAGAACUGCAAGCGCAAAUGCGAUUCCUACAUGCGGACUUCUUUGAUUAUGAACGGACGUAAAAACUAAGUAUGAUGUCAUGGUGGUACUGCUAAUUUCAUGAUGGACAAAACUAGAACCUCGUUCCGGAGCUGUCUCUGAUUAAAUUACCCUUUUCUCUUUUCAUCUAUCUUCCCCUGGUCUUUUUUUUUUCUAGUUAGGUCUGCUCCACCCCAAUUAUGUCGAGCGUAGUAGAAUUGGAAACUUUAUCCGUUUCCACAACGUGCAGUCAUGCAUGAUAUAUUCCGUUUCCACGUGCAAUCAUACGUGAGAUUAAAGUUUCCACGUGCAGUGAUACAUGAUAAGUAGGUUCUCCUCUAACCUCGCACCAAUCUCCACGAAGCCGAUGUGGUCCUCGUGAACGGAACGGGGAUGGAUCAUAGUGGGUUAUUCCAGAGAUUGAUGGAAAAGCUGGGCCGCGAGCUUCAUCCUGGCGCGAAGAUAAUAUCUCUGUCUCUCGAAUUUCCUAAUGACCGUGUAUUCCGCCAGUUGAUUCCGCCACGCGUCUACAGAAUGAGCUGGGGAAAUUGCAAGGUGUACUUUCAUCAGAAGAUAUGAUGUGGAUGUGAUGGUUAUGUUCAACAGUUGAUGAGCAUCACGUCAUAGAAGGAACUUCUCUUACGCAUUACCGACCAACUAAGCUGAACUGAGCUAGGGGAUUUGACUGAGCUAUAAUAGAUACAUACUCCUGGGAUGAACCUCAUGAGAAAGAAAACGUUCCGCGGACUGAGCUAAUACAAAAACUCCUGGCCAACAUCCACAUCCUCAGAGAGUACCCUCUGAGAAAGAAAACGGCUAAAAUGAGAACAGG